ACCGCCUCAGCUGCCUAUAUAUGCUCAGCGACGAAUGACACACAGUCACAGCUUCCAACAUCUCACCGACUGCACAGCAGGCUCAGCCAUGAAGGUCCUCGUCGUGCUCGUCCUCGCCGUUUUCAGCGGUUGCAAUGCCCAGUUCGUGAGGCAGCGGCAGCCCAAACACCAGGUCGACAUGGUGAAGGAUGCUUUCUGGGACUAUGUCUCCAAGGCAACCUUGACCGCCGAGGACUCCCUGAAGCAGAUCCAACAGUCUGAGCUGGGAAAGGAAGUGAACAGCCUCAUCUCCGAGAGCACCAGCGCCGUCAACGUGUUCACCGACGCCCUGCGCACUCAGGUGACCCCUCUGACCCAGGACCUCAUGUCCAAAUUUACCCAGGAGGCUGAGCUGCUGAAGGCUCGUCUGGAGAAGGACCUGACCGCUGUGAGCGCCGGCCUGCAGCCCUACGCCGAGGAGCUGGUGGCAGACCUCCAGAGGCAGGCAGAGGGGCUGAAGAACGACGCCACCCCCUACGCCGAGGCCAUGGACCCAGAGGCCCUGAGGGCCGUCGUGCUGCAGAAGAGCCAGGAGCUGAAGGAGCAGCUGGACAAGAGCGUGGACGGGCUGCAGGCCCGGAUGGUUCCCUUCACCGAGGAGAUGAGGCAGAAGAUGGAGCAGAGUCUGGAGAAGUUCCAGAGCAGCGUGAUCCCCAUGGCCCAGAGCUUCCAGAGCCAGCUGACCCAGAAGACCCAGGAGAUCCAGCGGAACCUGGCCCCAUACGGAGAGGAGCUGCAGACCAAGCUGGACGCCGACACUCAGAACCUGAAGAAGCAGCUGGCCGCUCUCUGGAAGAUCUUCACCAAGCUGACCCAGUGAAAAGACAAACAUCUUUGAUGUCUGCACAAUCAGGGACAAAGAAAAAGUGCAAUACCUCAUUUUUCAUGUUUUUUCGUGUUUCUCUCUUAAAAAGUGUCCAUAUUUCGUCUUGACUGUUUACAACCAUUCGGUGUUUUCUGUAAAAGAACAAUAAACAGGGUGAAUGUA